AUGCGUGAACUAGAUCCGUUGGUCUCUGAGUACCAGCAUGACAAGCAUAGACCUAGGGAAGCAGAGGCUUUGCUAAUGCUUCGCAAAAUUGCCUCUCUUGUGAAGCCUAUCAUGCGACAGAGGUCCUGGAGAGUAGGCACACUUUGCGAAUUCUAUCCCCACCAGCGGAACCUACUAGGCUUGAAUGUCAAUGCAGGUCAAAAAAUAUGCUUACGACUGCGAUAUCCCUCCGAUGAGCGUCAGUUUCUGCCUUUAGAGCAGGUGGUUGACACGAUGCUUCACGAGCUUUGUCAUAUCGUACAUGGUCCACAUAAUCAGCAAUUCCAUGCCCUUUGGAAUCAGCUACGUGACGAACACGAAGAACUCGCCAUCAAGGGUUACACCGGGGAGGGGUUCCUAUCUCAGGGCAAACGUCUGGGUGGUCGUAAUAUGCCAAUCGACGAGGCCCGCCGCGUAGCCAGAGCAGCCGCGGAGCGGAGGCGGACUCUUUCAGCCGGAUCGGGGCAGCGGCUCGGCGGUGCUCCAGUUCUACGUGGCACAGAUUUGCGAAGAAUAAUUGCCGACGCUGCGCAAAGACGCAUUGAAGUGACAGAGGGCUGUGCUUCAGGGGCAGACAACAGCGUUGAUCUGGCAGAGGAAGCCUCGAGGAACGGGUUCCGUACUAAAGCAGAAGAGGAUGAUGCAAACGAACGAGCGAUCAUGGAAGCCUACAUCGAUUUAAUUCAGCAAGAAGAGCGGGAGAAAUACGGGCCUUCUUAUAUCCUUCCUAGCCAGGAGAUACCCGCAGGGCCUCGAUCAGCUCCGUCUCCGCCGCCUGUUCCAGCAAGCACCAAACCUACACCUUCGCAACAACCGCUGGAACCAAUUGAUCUCACAUCCGAUAAUACCUCGUACGAACAACCCUGGACAUGUCCCACCUGCACGCUCGAGAAUCCCGCCAACUUCCUGUGCUGUGAUGCCUGUACCUCGGAACGACCUCGACCGUCAGCUACUCGAUCAAGUUCUGGACCGGCUACCACUAGCUCCAACAAUGGAGGCACACGUAGCACGAAAAAUAAGCGUCCGAUCAGUCAGACUGCCAGCGAAACUCUUUUCAAGAACCGGACGAGGGCGGCGGAAACCCUCGCUGCCCUCGACAGCAACAUCGCCAAGCGACCUCUAGGCUGGGUGUGUAACACCUGCGGCACAUUUAUGGAAACUUCAUGGUGGACGUGCUCAAACUGUGGGAUGAUGAAGCAGGCUUCAUAG